AUGGCCCCCUCAGCGUCCCUGCAGCGCUUCCUCCCGCCCUCCCCGCACGCGGCGCCGUCGUCGUCGUCGUCCCGGCGCCGCACCGGCCGCGCCCGAGCGGCCGUCUCCAUACCAUCAUCGUCUCCGCCGGCGACAGGGGAAGUCCCGGCGGAGCGGCUGGAGCCGAGGGUCGAGGAGCGGGAGGGAGGGUACUGGGUUCUCAAGGAGAAGUACCGGACGGGGCUGAACCCGCAGGAGAAGGUGAAGCUGGAGAAGGAGCCCAUGGGGCUGUUCAUGGAGGACGGCAUCAAGGACCUCGCCAAGAUCCCCAUGGAGGAGAUCGACGCCGCCAAGCUCACCAAGGACGACGUCGACGUCCGCCUCAAGUGGCUCGGUCUCUUCCACCGCCGCAAGCACCAGUACGGGCGCUUCAUGAUGCGUCUGAAGCUGCCCAACGGCGUGACGACGAGCGAGCAGACGCGGUACCUGGCGAGCGUCAUCGAGGCGUACGGCGCGGACGGGUGCGCGGACGUGACGACCCGGCAGAACUGGCAGAUCCGCGGGGUGACGCUCCCGGACGUGCCGGCCAUCCUGGACGGCCUCCGCGCCGUCGGCCUCACCAGCCUGCAGAGUGGCAUGGACAACGUGCGCAACCCCGUGGGCAACCCGCUCGCCGGCGUCGACCCCCACGAGAUCGUUGACACGCGCCCCUACACCAACCUGCUCUCCUCCUACAUCACCAACAACUCCCAGGGGAACCCCACCAUCACCAACCUGCCGAGGAAAUGGAACGUCUGCGUGAUCGGCUCGCACGACCUGUACGAGCACCCGCACAUCAACGACCUCGCGUACAUGCCGGCCGUCAAGGACGGCAAGUUCGGCUUCAACCUUCUGGUGGGUGGGUUCAUCAGCCCCAAGAGGUGGGCCGAGGCCUUGCCGCUCGACGCCUGGGUCGCCGGCGACGUCAUCAUCCCCGUGUGCAAAGCCAUUCUCGAGGCGUACCGGGACCUCGGCUUCAGGGGCAACCGGCAGAAGACGCGCAUGAUGUGGCUCAUCGACGAACUCGGGAUGGAGGUGUUCCGGUCGGAGGUGGAGAAGAGGAUGCCCAACGGGGUGCUGGAGCGCGCCGCGCCGGAGGACCUCAUCGACAAGACGUGGGAGCGGCGGGACUACCUCGGCGUGCACCCGCAGAAGCAGGAAGGCCUGUCGUACGUGGGCCUGCACGUGCCCGUGGGCCGGCUGCAGGCCGCGGACAUGUUCGAGCUCGCGCGCCUCGCCGACGAGUACGGCACCGGCGAGCUCCGGCUCACGGUGGAGCAGAACAUCGUGCUCCCCAACGUGAGCAACGAGCGGCUUGACGCGCUGCUCGCGGAGCCGCUGCUGCAGCAGCGGUUCUCGCCGCAGCCGUCGCUGCUGCUCAGGGGGCUGGUGGCGUGCACGGGCAACCAGUUCUGCGGGCAGGCCAUCAUCGAGACCAAGGCGCGGGCGCUGCAGGUGACGCGGGAGGUGGAGAAGCGCGUGUCCGUGCCGCGGCCCGUGCGCAUGCACUGGACCGGCUGCCCCAACAGCUGCGGCCAGGUGCAGGUGGCGGACAUCGGCUUCAUGGGCUGCCUCACCAAGGACAGCGACGGCAAGAUCGUCGAGGCGGCGGACAUCUUCGUGGGCGGCCGCGUCGGCAGCGACUCGCACCUGGCGGACGUGUACAAGAAGUCCGUGCCGUGCAAGGACCUGGUGCCCAUCGUGGCCGACCUCCUGGUGGAGCGGUUCGGGGCCGUGCCCAGGGAGAGGGAGGAGGAUGAGGAGGGAGCAGUGGACCACCAAGUCCCGGCGACCAUCGACAUUCCUUGCUCUUGCUCAUGUUUCUUGUAA